AUGGACAUCGAUGAGAAAGUGAAGAAGAAUUUGAAAAAGCGCGCCAUGGGAAAAGAGUCUGAAUCGGUUUCAUCACCCAAGCGAUCCAAAGCCAAUGAUGGCGCCGUAGCAACCAAAGAAGCCAAGCCCAAAAAGAAAACCAAGGAGGAGGAAGAAGAAAUUUAUAAAUGGUGGGAAGAGGAACGUCAAAGAGACGAAGAAGCCGAUGGUACAAUUAAAUGGACGCAAUUGGAACACAACGGUGUAUUAUUUCCUCCGGAAUACGUUCCUCACGGUGUCAAGAUGAGGUAUAAUGGUAAACCAAUUACUCUCACACCCGAGGCCGAAGAAGUCGCCAGUUUCUUUGCCGCACUUUUGGAGACAGAUCAUGCCAAAAAUCCAACCUUCCAAAAGAACUUUUUCAAUGAUUGGAAAGAAGUUUUGAAACAAGAUCCUCGUAAUCCUCAAAUCACUGAUUUUGAUAAAUGCGACUUCCGUCCAAUUUGGGAGAAAUUCGAAGCCGACAAAGAAAAGAAGAAGCAAAUGACCAAGGAAGAGAAACUGCAAAAGAAAGAGGAGAGAACCAAGAUGGAGGAACCGUUCCUUUAUGCUGUGGUGGAUGGCAGAAAAGAAAAGGUCGGCAACUUCAGAAUCGAACCUCCAGGUCUCUUCCGUGGCCGUGGCGACCAUCCAAAGACUGGAAAGUUAAAAAAACGAGUGAUGCCUGAACAAGUCACGUUGAAUAUCGAUGAGCAUGCCAAAAUACCCGAUCCUCCAGCUGGUCAUAAGUGGGGUGGCAUUGUUCAUGAUCAGACAGCGACAUGGCUUGCUACCUGGAAGGAAAAUGUCAAUGGAUCCUUCAAGUAUGUGUUUUUGGCGGCCUCUUCAUCUUGGAAGGGCCAGAGCGAUAUGCAGAAAUUCGAGAAAGCACGCGAGUUAAAGAAUCAUGUUGGAAAAAUACGCGCGAAUUACACUGCCGAUUUGAAGGACAAACUGAGCGAAACACGACAGCGCGCUACGGCCAUGUAUCUAAUUGAUCGACUGGCUCUCAGAGCCGGCAAUGAGAAGGGCGAUGAUGAGGCCGAUACGGUCGGUUGCUGUUCGCUGAGAUAUGAACACGUUGAACUUGAACCGCCGAAUACCUUACACUUUGAUUUCCUCGGUAAAGAUUCUAUUCGUUAUCAGAACUCGGUGGAGGUGGAGCCACAGGUCUUUAAGAAUAUCAAAAUCUUCAAAAACCAAGUCGGACCUGGUCAUAUGAUCUUUGAUCGCUUGACGACUACAGGACUGAAUAAGCAUUUGAAUAACUGUAUGAAAGGACUGUCGGCCAAGGUUUUUCGUACUUACAACGCUUCGCAUACAUUCCAACAACAAUUGGAUAAACUGACCAAUCCGAAAGACACACUGCCGGACAAGAUGCUGUCGUUCAACCGUGCUAAUAGAGAAGUCGCCGUUCUUUGUAACCAUCAACGUACCGCCUCAAAGACCCAUGUUCAGCAAAUGGCUAAAAUGCAGAACAAGAUUCGAGCACUGAAAUAUCAAAGAAUGAGACUUCGCAAACAGCUUUUCCAAAUGGAACCGGGAAUGAAGAAGAAGAGACCUGACUUGAAGCAGGAUGAAUCAGAUCUGGAAGAUGACUGGAUUGUUGAGCAUGAAAAUGAUCUGAUUGAGAAGGAACGAGAAAAGAUCAAGACCAAGUUUGAAAAACAAAACGAGAAACUGGCUGCUGAGGGUGGAAAACCGCUACCGCAAUCUGAUCUGAAAGACAAGUUGAAAGCUGUAGACGAAAUGGAGGCGCGACUAAAGAAGGAACGGAAAACUGGUGCGAUCACCCCCAAACCCAACAUGACGGUCGACAAGAUUCUUACGCAGAUCGAAAAAAUGGAUCAACGAAUCAAUGCGGCAAAGAUCCAAGCAACGGACAAGGAGGAAAAUAAGGAAAUUGCGCUAGGUACAUCCAAGAUGAAUUAUAUUGAUCCUAGAAUCAGUGUUGCAUGGUGUAAGAAGAAUGAUGUACCUCUGGAAAAGGUGUUCAGUAAAACAUUGCUGGAAAAGUUCAGAUGGGCACAAACGGUGGAUGCCAAAUGGGUAAGAUCUAAAGAUUUACUAAUGCCAAUGGAAUGGGGAUAUUAA